AUGCCAUCUGCCUUCCGCAGACUAUCGCGGCUGAGAUUCCUGGAUCUUAGUAACAACAAAAUACAAAACAUAGUAGAGAAAACGUUUGAGGGUUUGAGCAACCUCACACAUCUAAACCUGGCAUUCAACGAAUUAUCUGUAAUAGGGGACGCCUUUGUCCGUCUGUACGAAUUAAGGGAUUUGACUAUGAGAGGGAAUAGCUUGGCUGUUUUAAACCAAACAGUACUGGGUCCUGUUUUCAAUAGGCUGCAGAGCCUGGACGUCGCAGACAACCCGUUUCUGUGCGAUUGUAACUUACUGUGGUUUGUUGAGUGGGCCAACGACAAAUACGACAGGGUAGCGAACUUGUACAACCCUUAUCCUGAGUUUGGUCGAGGCUACACGUGUUCUCGUCCAGCACACCUGCGCGGGCGACGUUUGAUAGACGGGUUGACGCAGAAACAACAAUCCAACGACAGACAUUAUCCUUCAGAACGUAGGUUUUUUCACACAAUCUGUAGUCAUGGAUUCCAACCCAACCGCCUCCUGGCUUGUGUGCUCGCCUCUUCCGGCAUCUUCGUCGCCAUGAUGACCAUUUUUCUGGUCGACUACCACAUCGAUCAUGUUCUGUACUACAUGUGGAAGUUGCUGAGACCGAAAAUUGGCGAAGUAGAGAACCAAGGGCCGCCCAAAUUCACACACGAUGCUUUUAUUGUCUACAGCAGCAAGGACGCCAUGUGGGUUGACAAUGAAGCAAUAGAGAAUCUGGAACCUGACUACAGGCUGGUCAUACACGAAAGGGACUUUGCACUGGGUGCUCCCAUUUUGAAAAACAUCGAGGAUGCCGUGGAAAACAGCCGGAGAACCGUCUGCCUCAUCACCAGGAACUUCCUGAAGAGUAAGUGGUGCGAGUACGAGCUCCAGAUGGCCCAGUGCAACAUGUUUGAAGAGGGGGGAGGGAGGCGUCUCAUCCUGGUGUUUCUGGAGAGGAUUCCUGCCAGGAUGCUGAAACGGUUCCGCCAUCUGAACGCCGUAAUGAAGAGGGACACGUACCUGACAUGGCCGGACGACGUGCGAAAGAGGCCGCUGUUCUGGAAGCGGCUGCGAGACGCUCUGGGCGAUCCUCUACAACGGGACCCAGAGCCUCAGCAGCAGGUACAAGAUCCGGAAGGGAACAUUCCGGAACAGCAGGUACAAGAUCCGGAUCGGAACAUUCCCGAACGGCAGGUACAAGAUCCGAAACGGAACAUUCCUGAACGGCAGGUACAAGAUCCGGAACGGAACAUUCCGGAACAGCAGGUACAAGAUCCGGAACGGAACAUUCUUGGACAGCAAGAACACGCUCCGGUAUGGAACAUUGUGGACGUACAGGUACAUGCCCCCAUGCGAAAUAUUCCGGAACAGCAGGAUGAAGUUCUGUUACUAGAGCCAGACGACCUGUGGCUUGGAGACGGGGAUGACGUGCCGCUUUUACCACUGUAG